AUGGGAACUUAAUAACCAAAAGCACCCCAAACUAAAUAGAUAACUUAGUUUCAAAUUGAGAUUGCCUGCUUGAAAGUUAAAGGCUAUGUGGAAUUGAAUAGAGACAGACGAACUAAUUAAGCAUUAAUGAGAGAGAAAGCUUUAAAUGAAAUGUUGCGUAGUCCAUCUAGAGUGAUGGUUGAAGAGUAUCAGAAAUUCCAACAGCUAGUUCAAGAUGUUCGAUUCUUAGAGACAUGUCACAUAGUACUAAGAUAUUGUGAAAUCGUUAAAGAUCAAUCAAUAAGAAUCUUCAGAUGUGGAGGAGAUCAUUCUAAAAUUGCAGAUCUUAUGCCAUAUAUCGAGAGUAUCCUCUUUGCGGCAGAUAAUUUGAACUUAGAAUAAGUAAUGGAAUUUAAAGAUCUAAUGAUAUACUAUUUUGGACCUGGCUUCAAUGAUACUAGUAAAUUGAUUAAUGUCGAUCAAGAAUUAAGGAAACUAUUUAAAACACCUCUGCCUGAUGCAUAUGAAGUCAAUGAAUAUGCAUUGAAAUUCGCAGAAAAAUAUGGAUUCAGUGAAGAACAAUUAAAUGCUUCAGGACAUUAAUUUAGCUCUAAAAUUUUAAGACCUGCUUAAGGAGGCAUCUUGGUAGAUUAAUAAGGUUUUGGAUAAUAAUAAUUUAUGCCAAAUCCAAACUAAGGAUUUGGUGAUUUUGGAACACAAGGAGGAUUUGGUCAACCACCUAUUGGCGGUUUUGGAAAUCCACCUUAACCAGGAUUUGGCUAACCACCUGUAGGAGGAUUCGGUCAACCACCCUUGGGAGGAUUUGGAAAUCCACCUCAACCAGGUUUUGGUCAACCGCCUGUAGGAGGUUUUGGUCAACCCCCUGUUGGAGGUUUUGGAAAUCCACCUUAACCAGGCUUUGGUUAACCACCCUAAGGAGGCUUUGGAAAUCCACCAUAAGCAGGAUUUGGUCAACCACCUAUUGGAGGUUUUGGAAACCCAUCUCAAGGUGGCUUCGGAAAUCCACCCUAAGGAGGAUUUGGUUAGUCAUAACCAGGAGGAUUUGGAUAAUCGCAACCAUAAGGUUUUGGAACACAAGGAGACUUUGGCAAUUCCUAAGGAGGUUUUGGAUAAGGUACUUAAGGUGGGUUUGGAAAUUAACCUCCUUAAAAUGGUUUGUAUAAUUAACCAAAUAAUUAAUUUGGUAAUCCUCCUACUGGAGGGUUUGGAACGACUGGAGGAUACGGUUAAAUAAAUGGGUCUCCAAAUCCUUAUUCAUGUUUGAAUUAAGGUCCUUAAAUAAUGGCAAGUUAAAGUAUGAAAGUUCCUUAAUAAUAUUAAAAUCCUUCUAUACCUUAAUAGCCAUAGGUUUAACCAGCAAUUCAACCAUAACAAACUCCUGGCCAAUAGCAAUCAAAUAUAGUUAACCCAAAUACAUAAGCUCUUGAUGAUUUGGAAGCCAGAUUAAGAAACCUUGAUAAAGCCUUAUGA